AUGUCACAGUCUUUCGAUUCCGAUGAAUCUGAUGCCCCAGCCCAAAAGAAGGAUGAAGGCAUCGAAACCGAGCUAGAUGAAUGCAUAUUGGUUGAUUGGUCUGAACCUAAAGAGAAAUACAAAUUUCAAUAUUAUUCACCUAGGUCGAACGCGUUUGUAGUCACCAUUAAAUCAACCGACUCGCAUUGCAUACCGGUAAAAUUCACAUUAGAACGUGCUAAAUCUCCUCAAACGUUUAGAUUAUUUGCCUCAAUAACCAAUAACUUCACUAACGACGUUGUUUCUAAAUAUGUUGAUACUGUCCUCAGCGCCGCAGUAUCAAGCGCGACCGUAAAAUUACCAAUUAAGCCUUUUGAUAUCAUCGAAGAUGGCUGGACUAUUGAAGACAAUCUCUGCGUGGUCAUCAAGAUAUUUAGACUUAAGAAAGGAAUUAAAAUUGCGCCCAAAGAGCAGAAAGAACGUAAAAGAAAGUCAAAGCACGAAGAUUCAGAUGGUGAAUUCCAAGUUACUGAGAUAGAAAAAUUUUCUACGAGCUCGAUGGGAAUUACAUCUCGCGCACAGGAUAUAAAAUCCCAAAAGCAAUUCAGAAUGAACAACUUCCUGGAGAGUCAGAUUUUAUUGGGCGAAGACGGCAUUGCAGCGCCAUAUUGUGGCCUUCUUAACCUUGGUGCAACUUGCUACAUGAACAGCUUCUUGCAAGUUUUGUACCAUAUCCCUUAUUUCAGAAAAUUAAUUUAUUCUAUCAACACCACAAACGAAGAUCAUCGAACAUCAAUCGUAUUUAACUUACAAAGACUCUUUGCCCUCAUGGAAAUGAGUCCAUAUGCCGUUUCUACAGAAGAACUGACAGUAUCAUUUGGAUGGAACGAAGCAGAUACGAAUGUCCAACAUGAUAUUGAAGAAUUCAGUCGUGUUCUUAUGGAUGCAAUUAAAUCCAAGCUUGAAGGAACACCAGAAGCAGCUGAAAUUCAGAAAAUGUUUUGCGGAGAACAAAUUCAUCAUAUAGAAUUUCCGAAAGUCAAAAAAUCGCUUUCCAAUACAGAGGCAUUCGAAGAUCUACAGCUUCUUGUCAAAGAAUGUCCAGAUAUUUACAAAUCUUUUCAACAUUACAUCUCACCGCAAAAAAUCGACGAAUACAAGACCGAUGAAUGGGGCAAACAGAAAGCUAUGAUUAGUACUCUAUUCACUCAUCUACCAGACGUCUUAAUUUUACACUUACAAAGGUUCGAAUUUGAUCCGAACUCUCUUUCCAUGACAAAAAUCAACACGAGAUACCAGUUCAUGACCGAGAUCGACAUGAAAGAUUUUAUGGACGAAGCCUCGAACGAAUCCACCGAAUUUACUCUUACCGGCGUAAUUGUCCAUUCCGGAAACCCAAUUGGCGGCCAUUACUACUCCUAUCUUAAGACGAAGAAUGAUUCCCAGUGGUAUCUCUUCAACGAUUCCUCAGUCCGCACUGCCACAGAAGAAAAAGCCGUUUCCACAAAUUACGGCGGCCAAGGUUCGAUUGAUGACGGUCCAUUUUUUGGCAAACCAAAGACAUACAGUGCCUACAUGCUUGUUUACGUCAGAACGACCGAACUUGCCAGAAUUUUUGCACCUAUAACAAGCCAAUGCAUUCCAAGCAACAUUGUCGAUGUUGUCAGGGAAUUCCGACGCAGGGAAGAAGAGAGAAUUGCUCUGGAAACAACAGUUAAGUUCUCUCUCUACACGGAAGAAUGCAUUUCUCGAUCAGUUUGCGAGUAUGUCGAACCACUUUCUUCAUUCACUUUCAGUCCUGUAACUGUUACUUUGAAUACAUCUGAUUUAGUUACAGAUCUAUACAACAAAGUAGCGGAAAUACUGAAAGCUGACGUGAAGAACGUGAUCCUUUGGUAUCUUGCGAAAGAUAUUUUCGUUGGCCAAGUUCCAAACAACGAAACUCCCAUCAAAGCAAUGCCAACAAGUCACAUUUUCGCUCAGAAACUGCAACCAAACUUUCCGAGGUCGAUCCACAUUUUCUUCUUGAUCUAUUACGACAGGAAAUCUCCGAAGAGGCCAUUCAAGUACAUCACGUACAUGAUGCCUUCACAACUAAAGGAGAAACUCGGAGAAGCAUUGCAAAGACAUCUUUCUGCUGUUCAAGUUAACUUCACUUCACCUCCAACAUGUUAUGGCUUCAGAAAUGACAGAAACAUAUUAUCCAAACUGGAUUUGGCUAUGUCAUUUAAGACACUUCAUUUGAAGCAUUGUUCCUACAUAUUCCUUCAGCCAAGUGAUAAAAAAGAAGCGACAUUUCCUGAAGGACUUCCUUUAGUUCCUCAAUUUGAAGACGAGGGUUAUGAGUAUUUCUACGAUGUUUUCCCUGAAGAAAUGCCAUUGACUCCAGAACAAAUGUUCGCUGACAUGUCUCUUGAAUAUAAAUUCCAUUUAGUAUCAAACACAGGUAACAAAGUACUCGGAAAAGGUAUCGUUCCUUCUUCAAUUUCCUUCGACCAAUUAAGACAAUUCCUUUGUCAAAUUUCUGGAAUGAUUUAUGAUGAUCAGACACAGAUUUGUUUCUUGUACAGAGAAAAUGACAUCAAGCCAAUACAAGAAUCAAGAUUAGCCUUAAACAAAUCGUUCAUUUUCAAACCGUCACCGACAGUCAAUAAUGUAAGCGUGUUAAUCGUCGAAAAAAGUGACAACCAGAAAACGGAUAAAUGUUUAAGGUUAAUUACAUAUUUCUCGGAAGAUUCUGUACACGUUGGCGAGCCUGAUGUACAGAUCCAUGACUUCGAUGAAACGAUUUCGGAUCUCAUAGAUUUCAAUAAGAAAAAGAAUGAAGUGGCCGACGAUAGAAAAGUGAGAGCAUGCGGAAUAAAUAAUGGAAAGAUCGGAAAACUUUACAAUCUCAAGGAGAACUUGAGGGAAUUGGAGAACCCUGUAAGGCUAGAGAUCGUUCCUGAAUAUCAGAUGAACAUUGCCCAGUCGGAUUUCUUCAUUAGAGUUUCAUCACUUGGACCUGAAGGUUCCGAUUACUUCUCUGACCCAUUCUACUUCUUAGUCAAACCGAAAGAGACAUUUGACGCCGCUAAAGAAAGAAUUAAAGAGAUUACUAAGAUUCCGGAUGAAGUAUUUAAGACAUUGGCCUUUAAGAUGAAGACUAGAUCUGAUUACGGAACAACAACACUUGAAGAUAGCAUGGAAUUAUGGAAAUUAAUGUCAGCUUAUGAUAGAUUGUUUAUUGUUUUCCCUGGAGCUUCAGAUUUCCCUGUAAAGAGAAGAGCAAUUGUUGUUAACCAGAGUUUGAAGAUUAACCACUAA